GAGGUCGCUCGGGUCGGGUGUUGCCUGAGAACCGGAUGAGGCGGCGACCGUGAGGCCGAGCCGGGAGCGUCGCGUCGCGCCGAGGCCCGGGCGGGCGGGGAGCAACGGCCGCGGGCGCCGCGGGGCCGUGUCGUCGUUGAGUCAGGGGCGGGCGGGGAGCGCUGGGCGCUCGGGCCGGAGCAGCCGGCGCCAUGGGCAACCGCGGGAUGGAAGAGCUAAUCCCGCUGGUCAACAAGCUGCAGGACGCCUUCAGCUCCAUCGGCCAGAGUUGCCACCUGGACCUGCCGCAGAUCGCCGUGGUGGGCGGCCAGAGCGCUGGCAAGAGCUCGGUGCUGGAGAACUUCGUGGGCCGGGACUUCCUUCCUCGAGGCUCAGGCAUCGUCACGAGAAGGCCUCUCAUUCUACAGCUCAUCUUCUCAAAAACAGAGUACGCCGAGUUUCUGCACUGCAAGUCCAGAAAGUUUACAGACUUCGAUGAAGUCCGGCAGGAGAUCGAAGCGGAGACCGACAGGGUCACGGGGACCAACAAAGGCAUCUCCCCAGUGCCCAUCAACCUGCGGAUCUACUCGCCCCAUGUGCUUAACCUCACCCUCAUUGACCUUCCGGGCAUCACCAAGGUGCCCGUGGGGGACCAACCCCCGGACAUUGAGUACCAGAUCAAGGACAUGAUCCUGCAGUUUAUCAGCCGGGAGAGCAGUCUGAUCCUCGCCGUCACCCCAGCUAACAUGGACCUGGCGAACUCGGACGCCCUCAAGCUGGCCAAGGAGGUCGACCCCCAAGGCCUGCGGACCAUUGGGGUGAUCACCAAGCUCGACCUGAUGGACGAAGGCACCGACGCCAGGGACGUCCUGGAGAACAAGCUCCUCCCCCUGAGAAGAGGCUACAUCGGCGUGGUGAACCGCAGCCAGAAAGACAUUGAGGGCAAGAAGGACAUCCGUGCGGCCAUGGCGGCUGAGCGAAAGUUCUUCCUGUCCCACCCGGCCUACCGGCACAUGGCCGACCGCAUGGGCACCCCGCACCUGCAGAAGACCCUGAACCAGCAACUGACCAACCACAUCCGGGAGUCACUGCCCACCCUGCGCAGCAAGCUGCAGAGCCAGCUGUUGUCGCUGGAGAAGGAGGUGGAGGAGUACAAGAACUUCCGGCCUGACGACCCCACACGCAAAACUAAAGCCUUGCUACAGAUGGUCCAGCAGUUUGGGGUAGACUUUGAGAAGAGGAUCGAAGGCUCAGGUGACCAAGUGGACACGCUGGAGCUCUCCGGGGGCGCCCGCAUCAACCGCAUCUUCCACGAGCGGUUUCCCUUCGAGUUAGUGAAGAUGGAGUUCGAUGAGAAGGACUUACGACGAGAGAUCAGCUACGCCAUUAAGAACAUCCAUGGAGUCAGGACGGGGCUCUUCACCCCUGACAUGGCCUUUGAAGCCAUUGUGAAAAAACAGCUUGUAAAGCUCAAAGAGCCGGCCCUGAAGUGUGUUGACCUCGUGGUCUCAGAACUGGCCACGGUCAUUAAAAAGUGUGCUGAGAAGCUCAACUCCUACCCCCGGUUACGAGAGGAAACGGAGCGAAUCGUCACCACGCACAUCCGGGAACGUGAAGGGAAAACCAAGGACCAGGUUCUUCUCCUGAUCGACAUUGAACAGUCUUACAUCAACACGAACCACGAGGACUUCAUCGGAUUUGCCAACGCCCAGCAGAGGAACACGCAGCUGAACAAGAAGAGAGCCAUCCCCAACCAGGUGAUCCGGAAAGGCUGGCUGACCAUCAACAACAUCAGCCUGAUGAAGGGCGGCUCCAAGGAGUACUGGUUCGUGCUGACCGCCGAGUCAUUGUCCUGGUACAAGGACGAGGAGGAGAAGGAGAAGAAAUACAUGCUGCCCCUGGACAACCUCAAAAUCCGGGACGUGGAGAAGGGCUUCAUGUCCACCAAGCACAUCUUCGCCAUCUUCAAUACCGAGCAGAGGAAUGUCUACAAGGACCUGCGACAGAUUGAGCUGGCCUGUGACUCCCAGGAGGAUGUGGACAGCUGGAAGGCCUCAUUCCUCCGAGCUGGAGUCUACCCCGAAAAGGACCAGGCAGAAAACGAGGACGGGGCCCAGGAGAACACCUUCUCUUCCAUGGACCCUCAGCUGGAGCGCCAGGUGGAGACCAUCCGCAACCUGGUGGACUCCUACGUGGCCAUCAUCAACAAGUCCAUCCGCGAUCUCAUGCCAAAGACCAUCAUGCACCUCAUGAUCAACAACACAAAAGCCUUCAUCCACCAUGAGCUGUUGGCCUACCUGUACUCAUCAUCAACAGACCAGAACAGCCUUAUGGAGGAGUCGGCGGACCAGGCCCAGCGGCGGGACGACAUGCUGCGUAUGUACCACGCGCUCAAGGAGGCACUAAGCAUCAUUGGAGACAUAAGCACCAGCACUGUGUCCACACCCAUGCCCCCACCUGUCGACGACACCUGGCUCCAGAACACCAGCAGUCACAGCCCUACUCCACAGCGCCGACCCAUAUCCGCUGGGCACCCACCAGGCCGGCCUCCAGCAGUGCGGGGUCCUACUCCGGGUCCCCCCCUGAUCCCCGUACCAGUGGGGCCAGCAGCCUCCUUCUCAGCUCCCCCCAUCCCAUCCCGGCCUGGCCCCCAGAGUGUGUUUGCCAACAAUGACCCCUUCUCAGCCCCGCCUCAGAUCCCGUCACGGCCGGCUCGGAUCCCACCUGGCAUCCCGCCUGGAGUGCCCAGCAGAAGACCCCCUGCUGCACCCAGCCGGCCCACCAUAAUCCGCCCAGCCGAGCCAUCCCUGCUCGACUAGGCUGCGGGGGGCAUGCUCUCGGGGGCCUCAUGCACCCGCCAUGCAGGAGCUUCGGUGGUCUGGGCCCCUCCGCUGCCCCGGUCCUCCCAGCCCUCUGCGGGACCAGCCCCUGUGGGCAGCCCAUCCCUUCCCCAGCUCGCUCCAGAUGGUGCUGGCCUGGCCCUGCUCCCGCUGGACACUGACCACUGAACGAGGGGCCCUGGGGCCCACUGGGGGAGGCGAGGCAUUGCACUUUGGGGGGUGGGGUCUCAGGGUAGCGAAGGG